GCAGCAGCGACUAACCCGGCUGGCUUGCUGCCGCCCUCCUCCGCCCCCGAGCCCAGCAUCGGCAGCGCCCAUUGGGGGACGGGAGUCAGUGUGAGUCGUCCCCAACGGGGCCUCCUCCGCCCGAUCUCUCUGCGUCCGGCCCUCAGAAGAGCCCCCUCACUCGCUCGGUUCCUGCCCAGCGCCAUGGCGGCGGCGGCCGAGCCUAGCAGCACCGGCGGCCGAUACCAGCAGUUGCAGAACGAAGAGGAACCUGGUGAAAAUCCGCAAGGUGUAACUGAUUUUCCACCACCUUACAGCAGCAUUUCUGGGGAGAACUCAGUGUAUUUUGACUACAAAGAUGAGGCUGGGUUUCCUAAGCCUCCUUCUUACAAUGUAGCAACAACACUCCCUUCUUAUGAUGAAGCGGAGAGAACUAAGGCAGAAGCUACCAUUCCUCUAGUUCCUGGAAGGGAGGAGGACUUUGUGGCACGGGAUGACUUUGAUGAUACUGACCAGCUAAGGAUAGGAAAUGAUGGCAUUUUCAUGCUGACAUUCUUCAUGGCAUUCCUUUUCAACUGGAUUGGAUUCUUCCUCUCUUUCUGCCUGACUACCUCAGCAGCAGGAAGAUAUGGGGCCAUUUCUGGAUUUGGGCUCUCUCUCAUUAAGUGGAUUCUGAUUGUAAGGUUCUCCACCUAUUUCCCUGGUUACUUUGAUGGUCAGUACUGGUUGUGGUGGGUGUUCCUUGUAUUAGGUUUUCUCCUGUUUCUCAGAGGAUUUAUCAAUUAUGCAAAGGUUCGGAAGAUGCCAGAUACAUUUUCUACUCUUCCCAGAACUAGAGUUCUCUUUAUUUACUAAAGACUGAUGUUUUCUGGCAACAUUUUCCUGCAUUAGUGAAUCCUCCCUCAAGUAGUAAGUGGACGCCUGCAGGAAGUGAAUCACGACUCAGAACACAGAAGACAAAAAGUAAUAAUCACCUGCUUUAAAAUAAAUAAAGUACUGUUGAAAAAAAGAAGCACUUCUUUCUAUUUGUUUCUAGAUGUAAAGUUUUAAUAGUUUAAUGCAGAACUCCUGUAAUCAUUGAAUCAUUAGUGGCUAAUGUUUGAAACGGCUCUUGCAAUCAAGUCUGUGAUGUUACUAAUAAUGCCUUAUAUAGUAUUUGUAGUCCUUUAAAUAGCAUGAGCUAUUGCCCUGUAGCCAGAAGGGGUCAGUCUUGCUUUUUGUUUUCCUCCUUAAAAUGAACUUAGAAUAUGUUUUCUUAGUGUAAGAUACGUAAUAAUGCUGGCCAUUGUGAAGGGGUGUUCUUGGAACUUUAGAAUCUUGUUCUGACUGUAUUUCUGCACAUAGUCUGUAACUGUUGUUAAAAUAAAAUGAAAACAACCUGGAAGUAAAACCUACAUGCACAAUGUGGAUGUUUUUAAGGAAUAGCAAUGAAAAAAUAUUACUAAGAAGUUGCUACAAGUAUUAAUUGUUGGCAAUACGUAGUCAGUAUUUCUUACUGUCGUAAUGCACACUUUUUGGGAAGGGACUCUCAUAGUGUAUAGUGGUGUCAAAUUCAAGUAUUUGAUGAUGCAGUGUAUAAAAUCAGAAAACAGAUCACCUUAGGACUCUUGAUACAUUUCCUAACAUAGAUGUACUUCUUGCUUUCUUAAUUUCUGGUGCAUUUAAAUAUAGAAUAAUGUGCACUUUUGUGAUUUCUGAAAAGCAGUAAUUCAGAGUUUUAUUAUGUUAAAACUGUAAAUAUAGCAGAAAGUUAAUAAAUGUCACUUAUAUUA